UAUGUUAUCUGUAAUGACGUAAGAGUGUAUCCCCGUAUUCUAUUCAGUUCGAAUAACUCAACGUAUAUCAAUUCUUUUAUAAGCUCUUUGUCUCAACUCACAAUCUCAAUAUUUGUUAAUUAUAAGGACGUUGGGAAGGUUAAAAUCGUAUUGUUGGACGCUGGGAAAAGUUACAUCAUAUUGGUGGAUGCUGGGCAGGCGUGGGCGUAUCAUAUUUGCGUAGUUAACGUUAUUUAGGCCUUAACUUUAUCUAUAAAUCCCGUAAUACUAAUUGUUUUUCUCCUUCUUUUAUAAGGUUUACAGACGGUGCAACACAACCAGGAUAAAAAUAGCCCAAAACUAGCCCAAUCCUGCACUACACAACUUACCACCCCAAACCUGCCCAAGGGAAGCUUAGCCUAACACACCGAAAAUAGCCCAAUGCAUUCUGGUUCAAAGUCGCCCAAGUUAACCCAAGUUCGUGGUGAUAUAAAGGCAAGUUGUCAAGAGGUGAGACCCUGACCUUCAAUUUUAGGGACAUAGUGUGAGUGAGUGACCUUGCCGAAGAGUGAGAAGAGGAAGAGAGAGGAAGAGGAAGAAAGAGAGAGGAAAAAUGGAGUUGAGAAAAUAUUUAAGUGAGUGCUGCAAAAAGAACUUGAUCUUGGUAUUAAAGUGUGACAGAAAAUGAGAUAGUGAAUAGAGUGACGAAAUUAUAGAAAACGAGAUACAUUGAACAGAAAACGAGAAACAGUGAAUGGAAAACGAGAUAACAGUGAUAGAAAACGAGAUACAGUGAUUGAAAACGAGAUACAGUGAACAGAAAACGAGAAACAGUGAAUGGAAAACGAGAUACAGUGAACAGAAAACGAAGUACAUUGAAUAGAAAACGAGAUAACAGUGAUAGAAAACGAGAAACAACAGAAAACGAGAAACCGUGAUAAAAAACGAGAAACUGAACAGAUAACGAGAUACAGUGAACAGAAAACGAGAUAACAGUGAUAGAAAACGAAGUACAGUGACAGAAAACGAGACAUAGGAAAAUAAAACGAUACAGAGUGACAUAGAAAACGAUAUACUGACAAAACGAUAGUCAUAGAAAACGUGAGUGGGAGAAAACGAUACACAGAGACAGAGUGACAGAGUGAUUCGAAACCUUUAAACAGAUAAACUAAAAAUAAACAGAUAAGCAAACAUACAAACAGAAAUUAAUAGACAGAGAGGAGAGUGAAGAGGCAGACUGACAGACGAGCAAGCUGCCAAGUCAGUCAAUCAAUCAGUCAGUCUGUCAGUCACACUCAAGCAACGAUUACCGCCGUGUGUGAGUGAUAUACAGUCAAGCCCCAUCUCAUCACGCAUAAGAAUGAGCACGCUUUUCUAAUGGCGUCGCUGCUGAAAGCUUCCCAUCGUCAUCUACUCUCGUUCAUGGCGGACAAAUUCGAGAUGACCAAUGUAAGCCAGGAGGAAGCCACUAGCCCCAUCCCAGGAAGCAUGGAGGUGCUGGGCGUGGGGGCGGAGGGCGUGGUGGAGGGCGUGGUGGAGAAGGCGAUGAGCCCGGAGAUCCAGUACAUGGGUCACAUCGCCUACAGUGUGGUCGCUCCCGUCAUCAUAAGCUUCGGCAUCCUCACCAACGUCCUGAAUCUGGUGGUUCUUAGUAGACCGUCCCUGCGCGGCCCGACCUUCAGGUACCUUAUGUGGCUGGCCGUGGCGAAUCUCCUGGUGUGUGUGGUGCUUCUCCCCUUCACGCUACACUCCCACGCCACGCCGGUCCCUUAUGCGGCCGCCCUGUACUUCGCACACAUAGAGGUCCCCGUCGGCAACGCGCUCAUCGCCUCCAGUGUCUACAUCGUCGUGGGUCUCAGCAUUGAUCGCUUCGUCGCCGUCUGUUACCCGCGCAAGUACCGGAACCUGCACAGCCACUACGUCGCCUCCGUCAGGAUCGCGCUCUCCUUCGUCAUCGCCUUCAUCAUCUACAUUCCCAUGGCGUUCUACAAGAUGGUGGUGCCCUCUGGCGUCUCCCCCGAUAGAUUUGUGAUUGAGGAGAACCUGCAUGUGGUGUCGACGCGCUGGUUCGUCGUGUAUGAGUACCUGCUGGAGAUCUGCGUCAGAUUCGCACCGGCCGUGAUGCUCGGGGUCCUCAACACGUGGAUCAUCAUCGAAUUCAAACGCAUCAGCAGACGUCGCCUUCUGCUGUCCCAAGGCAUGAGCUGCGAGGUAUCGGCCAUCCCCUCACAGUCUUACUUCGAGGGAAACGUCAACUCCACUGUAGUUAAUCCCUCUCCCACUAACGGCCAGGCGGAGAAGGAACCAGAGCAAGCAGGCUCAACCUCCCCUGCUGGCGCAUCGGAUCCACUCACGGACGGCAAUCCCACCGCUGCCACCAAUGUAACAGGCAUCAACACCGUCUCUUAUAGCGAUGGAUUUGUAGUGGAAAAGGAGGUUCCGAAGGUGGACUCCCCGACCCUCAACAACAACGGACAUGUGGUUGGUGGAAAGUGCCCACUGCCAGAAGACGUUACCUCCCCCGUAGUGAAUGGCUACAGGCCCGUGUUUGCCGGGGAGGAGAUCAACGGCUGCAGGAAUUCCUCGGCUCCGUGCGCGACGAGAGGCAAAGAAGAGAAGGAAAAGGAGGCCAUCAUGCUCUCCACCAUCAAUGUAGCAACGCCGCCGCCCCCAGCCCCCCCUCCACGCCAAGGGAUGAGUGAGCGACGCCACGACAUGGAGCGACGCUUGGUGCUGCUCCUCAUCUCCAUCAUCGUCGCCUUCUUCAUCACCAACAUUCCCGCCGCCAUCCUCUCCCUCACCUUCAGCGACGACAAGAGAAAGGACCUCAACUUCCAGAUCUUCCGCGCCAUCGCCAACAAUCUGGAGUUCCUCAAUUUCGGCCUCAACUUCAUUCUUUACUUCCUCUUCAGCAAGGACAUCCGCAACGCCUUCACGGCACUCAUCCGACGCACGGUGGAGCGGCUACGGGAAGGCCUUGAGGGAUCGAGUAGCAAGUACGGUGCCACUAAUCUAUGAUAAUUUGGGACUUCACUUUUCACCCUUGUCUUAGUUGUAGUGGAUGAUGACAAUCCCACCGCUGCCACCAGUGUAUUGGCCAGCCUCACGGUCUCCUCCUAUAGUGACGACUUCACUGAAUAAGAAGUUAUAAAGUGUGCUCGCAGACUCUCGGCAUCAAUGCAUGUGAUUUAGGAGAGCUGUUCGUUGUCAGAUGGUGUUGUCUCCUCAGUGUUGAACUUGAAGGAUUGAGUAACGACGCUUUUUACACACCCUUUCCUUGGGUAUACUUACGAAAGGCCUUGUGGGGUCGAGUAACAAGUAUGGUGCGGCCAGUGCAUAAUAUAUUAAAUGUCAGUGUCUCACCUUACAAAUAGUCUUAAGGUAAGGCUUGAGGGAGGGAGUAACGGCACUUCCCUUCAGCCCUAAUUAUGAACAGGCUGCGGUAAGCCCUUGAGGAAUCGAUCGACAGGUACGGUGUACCUUUGUUGGUUCUUCACCUGUAGUACCGGCCUACCUUUGUGAAUAACGGGUGCCUUGUGAAGGGCAAGAAAAAAAUAGCAGAAAAGGAAGGUACAUAUCAAAUAUUUCUCAUGUUCUUACAUCCCCUUACUUUUCCCGCCCUAGAGCCAGAUUACUUACACUUUAAGCACCCUUGCAAAUUAACAUUUUUAGGGGUGAGCAUUUUGGAUCACGUUACGCACUUUCCACUGACUCUCACCCUGAACAGACCAAAAUGAUGUGCAUAUGGAUCAAACCAAAGUGCAGUGCAACUAAUCUUUGCUGACUGUUUCAAGACGUUCCUCCCACCUCUAAGACUGGUUUAGAAGAGGCUUUCAGUGAUCGAGUAAAUGAACUUGAAACUCACGCUCGCCAUGGAGAGUCUAAAGAAAGGGCAGGAGGAUAUCAGUACUCAGAAUGAUGUCACUGUUGCAAACUCGACUUUCCACUUGCACUCCUGUACUUACACUCUCCUCUACAGACUGAAACAGGGAAGGUAAAGAGGACCCAGUAAGUUUGGUUCUCGAGCUACACCUUCACUUCCUACACUCCUCCCUUUCCCUCAGGUCCCCCACACCUAAGCCUCAGCCCAGACAGGCGCUAAAUGUUCAACACAGCGAAACAUUCCACGAGCAUUUGGGACUCAAUUUCCGUGUGUGACAAAACUAUGAGGUAACGGAUUUCUGGCUGCUUGUACUGUCGAUCUGGAUUUUGCGUUCAUAUCACGGUGAGUCCAGUUCUGCUUGUUGUGUUGCCGUCAAUGUAAAUAGCCCAAAGCCACAGCCAGUCAACGAAAACCCAAUGGAAAGCGUUUUGUAUAGUCCCCCAUCCAACCCCUUUUUCAAUUCCCUCGCCCAUUCAUCUCUCUCACGGUCGCCUCCCGGUCCCCACUCCCCUAUCUCCCUCUCCCUCAAUCCUUUCACUUUAACGAAUGAAAGCUGUGAAAUGUGCUGCGUUGUCCCAUUCAAUCCCUUAUCACACAAAUUUUGCUACUCCUUCCCUCCCUCUACUUGUCUCCUCAUUAUCGCCUCUCCUUUCUUUCCUGCGUUUGUCCUUCGUUACUAAAUAAAAACAUAAGAGAAAAUCUGAUAUGUUAUCCCAUUCAGUCCCUUAUCACACAUAUUUUUCCCUGCCCUCCCUCCCUCUCUUGUCUCCUCAUCAUCGCUUCUCUUUUCUUCCCUUCAUUUUGCCCUUCGUUACUAAAUGAAAACGUAAGAGAAAAUGUGAUAUGUAGUCUCAUCCAAUCCCUUAUCACAUUCAGUUUGGCCCAUCAAAUUCCCCUUCUUGUCUCCUCAUUCUCGCUUCUCAUUUCUUCCCUUCAUUCGCCCUUCCUUACCAAAUGAAAACGUAAGAGAAAACGGGGUAUCCAAUUCCAUCUUCUAACUCAUCACAUUCAGUUUGACCCGUCUAUUUCCCCCUCUCCAUAUCUCUUCAUUAUCGCUUCUCCUUUCUUCCCUUCAUUCGCCCUUUGUUACCAAAUGAAAACGUAAGAGAAAACGGGGUAUCCAAUUCCAUCUUCUACCUCAUCACACACAGCUUUCCCUAUCUGUUCCUCCCGUUCUCUGUCCCUUCGUUAUCCCUUCUUUCUCCCCUUCAUCCCUCGCUCUUCAUCAUGAAAAGACGUGAAAUAUGACAGUGCAUUAGUAAUCUAUUGUGUUUAUAUCCAUUCAUCAUUAUCUUUCAGUGUUGCCUUCCUCCCCUUCACUCCUUCCUGCCGUUCACCCCUCCUUUUCAUCUCCACCAUAAAAGGACUUGAAAUAUCUGAGUGCUUUGGAAAUCUAUUGUUUUUGUGUCUAUUUUUAUUCCCUCUCCCUCCUCCCUUCCUCAUUUUUACCCCUGUCUUCCCUACAUCUCCCUCUCUUUACCCCUUCAAUCGCUUUAUUACCUCAUCCUCUUAUGGCAUUGAAAAUCUGUUGUGUUUGUGUCCAUUUUUAUUCCCUCUCCCUCUUCCCUUCCUCACUUUUACCCCUGUCUUCCCUACAUCUCCCUCUCUAUACCCAUUCAUCCCCUUUAUUACCUCUUCCUCUUAUGGCCGUGAAAAUCUAUUGUGUUUGUGUCCAUUUAUCAUUUCCUUUUAUUGUUCCCUUCUUCCCCUUCAUUUAUUCUUGCCCUUCACCCCUUCCUCUUUAUCUUUUCCCAUCAUGGCAGUGGAAAUCUUUUGUGUUUUGUGUCCAUUUAUCAUUUUUUCUUGUUCCCAUCCUCCCCAUCACUUCUCCUCAUCCCCCAAUCCUCUUUACCCUUUCCCAUCGUGGCAUAGAAGGUCGUGAAAAAUAUGUUACCUGUAUCAAUCCGUCACGCCAUGGCUUCUAGUCCUUUCCCUUGUUCACUUGUCCACUGCUCCAGGUGAGGCUUAAGUCCCCUCACCUGGGCCAUCAGUCAGGUGUGCUCCACCCUACCUGUGCCCUCACCUUUUCGUGCAUCCGUUUGUCAAGGUGUUGCAGGUGUUUGUCAAGGUGUUACGCGUCGCUUGGCAGGUGUUGUCAGUUUAUGGAAUACUCACUUAUCGGCGGAGUAACUAAACGGUGAUUCUCAGUUGGCAGGUGUUCGGCGUCUAGCACGAUAUAUUACACGAUGUCGAUGUUAUUCUGUGUUAUGUUUUAUAGGUUUAAGUACAGGUUUAAGGGAAAAGAGAGAGUAUAGGAGAGCACGUUUAAGUGUUGCAUGAAGAGACUACAUAUAUAAAAAGCGUGUAUAUAUAUUUUUCUACGUAAAUAUCACUAGCUAAGGUUGUGUACGUAUGUGUGUUAAUCUGUUUAGUGUAAGAGUAAGAGGAGAGAAAAAGAAAGUAAAGGAAAACGAAGGAAAAGAAGACGAGAUGAAAAGAGAUGAUAGAGGAAAGGAAGAAGAAAACGAGAAGUGACAGACAAAAAUAAAGUAGAGGAAAAUGAAGGAAAAGAAGACGAGAUAAAAAGAGAUAAUUGAGGAAAGGAAGAAGAAAACGAGACGUGACAGAGAAAAAGAAAGAAAAGGAAAACGAAGGAAAAGAAGACGAGAUAAAAAGAGAUAAUUAAGGAAAGGAAGAAGAAAACGAGACGUGACAGAGGAAAAGAAAGUAGAGGAAAACGAGGAAAGGAAAAGAUGAGACAUAUAAACAGAUAAAAGAAGAAAA